AUGAGGAAAGUCACGAUGUGGAAGGGAUAACUGUAUUCCAUUUGUCAUAGCCUUCAAGAACCCAGGAUUAUCCUCAUGCCAUGAUGCGGGAUGUAGAUGUAAGAAUUCUGAUGGAGAUUUAUCUAGGUUUUCACGUUCUGAGUUUAAAUGGUUCUACAUCUUUUAAUGACACAGAGAGCUGAAUACACCCUUGGAUAUUUCUCAGUGUUCUCAAAAAAAGAAGAACCUCAUCUACCACCAGGUGAAAGCCACAGUCCAGGAGCACAGGAAUGCCCGGAAUGCCUACUAUCAGAUGCUAAAAUCCUUGCUUGGAGGAGCCCCAGCUGAAGAUCUCAUCCAAUAUGCUGCUGACUCCCCAGUGAUGGACUUGGACACCUUUACAACCCUCAAUCCCGAAGAGAUAAAGAAAUUAAGUCCUCAAAAUCUGAAAGACUUACUUGAUGUGAAUCUCUCUGAGCUAAACACUAUCAUGGAGCACCCUACAAUACAGGCAUGGGUGCAGUCUCAUACCCAGUCAGAAGUAAAUGCCAUUGGGCUCAAGGCUAAGGCUGGACAUCCAGACCCACCACCUAAUGGCUCCUUUGUUUUAACAUCAGCACCACCCAUUUCCAGAGCGGAAGGAGCCUUCAUGAAAGAACACACACUCCAGAUUUCUUACACUAUCCUCCUUGCCCUCUGUGGAGUAAUGAUUUCUUUAGGAGCUUCUUAACUGUCUUGGAAUAUAUGACAGCACCAUCUCAUUUGUAACACGAACAUAAAAGAGAAAAUGCAAUCUUCCCAAUGCACAAAUGAUUUGCCACCUGUCUCUUGAAUGCGAUAUACAAGAAUGCAUUGUGCAAAGACUCUAUAACUUUUAAUUGCAGCAGCUUUCUUUGCCUCAAAUAGGAAUUGUAAGAUUUGCUUCAUGUUGACAAAUA